GCUUGCACUGACACGCAGCAUCAUUUGGCGUCACUGAAAAGUGCCUAGUGUUUCAGUACAUUCCCUGCAGUCGUUGACUGAAGGACGGACUGUCUGUGUGCAGACUGACCCAGCAAAGCCCAGCAAGCAGCAGAGUGACCCGAUCUGGGAUCUGGUUGCGACAUCCUGGAUACGAAGCUGUAUUGGGAGAGAGAGGAGAGUGAGAGCAGUCAACAUGAGAACACUUCACUUCUCUGCCACUUUCAUCCUUUCCAUCAGCCUGGCUAUCCUCCAGCUCGCCCAAGGGGAAAUAUGUGGACCCAACCCAUGUGAGAAUGGAGGCAUUUGCAUGAGGGGGUUGGCAGAUGAACCUUUUUCAUGUGAGUGUCCCGAUGGAUUCACAGGUCCCAACUGUUCUAGUAUUGUGGAGGUUGCUGCAGAUGGAGAAGAGUCGACUACAGCAGGAGCUUGCCAACCCAAUCCGUGUCAUAAUGGUGGGACUUGUGAAGUGAGUGAUACAUAUCGGGGUGACACAUUUGUUGGAUACAUCUGCAAGUGUCCUGAUGGAUUCAGUGGAAUUCAUUGUCAGCACAAUAUAAAUGAAUGCGAGUUUGAACCCUGUAGAAAUGGUGGUAUUUGUACUGACCUCAUUGCAAAUUAUUCCUGCGAGUGUCCAGGAGAAUUCAUGGGCAGAAACUGCCAGUACAAAUGUUCAGGACCUUUAGGGAUGGAGGGGGGGAUUAUAUCCAAUCAACAGAUUUCUGCAUCCUCCACACACCGAGCUCUGUUUGGCCUGCAGAAGUGGUACCCAUACUAUGCCAGACUGAAUAGAAAAGGCCUUGUAAAUGCGUGGACAGCUGCAGAGAAUGACAGAUGGCCAUGGAUUCAGAUUAAUCUGCAACGGACCAUGAGAAUCACAGGAUUGAUUAGCCAAGGUGCUAAAAGAUUUGGCAGCCCAGAGUAUGUGAAAUCAUACAAGAUUGCUUAUAGUGGUGAUGGCAAAACCUGGACUACUUACAAAGUAAAAGGCACCUAUGAGGACAAGGUUUUCCGUGGAAAUGUCGAUAACAACACUCCACAUGCAAAUUCUUUUAAUCCACCUAUAGAGGCCCAGUACAUACGACUGUAUCCUCAGGUCUGUAGGAGACACUGUACAUUGAGGAUGGAGUUGCUUGGCUGUGAAAUGUCAGGUUGCUCAGAGCCUCUGGGGAUGAAGUCAGGACAUAUCCAGGAUUAUCAGAUUAGUGCUUCCAACAUCUUUAGGACCCUAAACAUGGAUAUGUUUACAUGGGAACCCUAUAAAGCUCGUCUGGAUAAACAAGGGAAGAUUAAUGCUUGGACAUCAGGCCGCAGUGAUCAGUCACAGUGGCUACAGAUUGACCUGCUUGUUCCAACUAAGGUGACUGGUAUAAUCACCCAGGGUGCAAAAGACUUUGGACACAUACAAUUUGUGGGUUCAUACAAAGUUGCCUACAGUAAUGAUGGAAGGAAAUGGUCUGUUUAUAAAGAUAUAAAACAACAAAAGGAUAAGGUUUUCCAAGGUAAUUUCGAUAAUGAUACACACAGAAAAAAUGUAAUAGAUCCCCCUAUUUAUGCACGAUAUAUUAGGAUCUUGCCCUGGUCAUGGUAUGGCAGAAUCACUCUGCGGCUGGAGUUACUGGGAUGCACCGAAGAGUGAUGAAUACUGGCUACUGUGAAGAAAAUUGUCCUUGGAAUAUCUCAACAAAAACUGCACAAACCUGUAAGAUAUCAAAGGGUUUUCAUGAACAAGUGUUCAGUUUAUGAUAGGCAUGAGUCAAGUUACCUGGUCAAGGCCUGCCCUUUAUCAGCCAUUCCAAUGGUGAAUUUUCUUCCUUAGAAAUUUAUUUUCAUGUGCUUUGUUAAUUUAUACAUAAUGAAAGAGAUCUUUUUAUAAUUGCAGACUUUCGUCCCUUCCCCGCCUCCAGCAAAUUUGAUUGAUAUGCAUAGGACUAAAAUCUCUAAUCAUUAUUGCAGGUGCCAAUAUUGUUUCCUAUUUAUUGUAAGCAUUUUUUUUUUCUCUUUGACUCCUAAAAGUUAUAAGUUUUUCAGUCAUUCAGUUUCAGUUCUUCUUUAUUAUUACAACGUACCCGACAAUAAAACAAUUGAGCACUAAUAAAGUUUUCAUUCUUCACAUUAUGCAUGUCCCACAUUGUAAGAGACAGUGUCCCUUUCUAGGUGCCAUUUUGCCACAUGCAUGAAAUUUAAUUUACAAACCUUCCUACUUACAAACUUGGUGAUGCCAGUUUGUAUGCAUUGGACAUAUAAUUAAAAUAUUAAAGGAGAAAACCAAGACAGUUUGUGACCCUAAAGACAGAAAAACAAUAAAUCCAUGAAUAUACAAGAUAAUAAAUGUUGAUGUGUGGGUACGCAUCAACCACGUUUUGUUUGGAGUGCAUGCCAGGAUUCCAAAGUCAAUCAUUAUUGUGUUGCAUGUUGGCAUUUUCAACUAAAAGUAUUCUGUUAAAAGUUUUUUAUUAAUUAAAAGAGAGGCAAUUCCUGUCUAGGAGAGUGAAUGAAAGGGGGAAAAGUGAUGUUUGGAUUUAAGUUUGAGUGAACUGAUGAAACAUGAGCUGUCUGCUGAGUCUUAAUCUGUUCAGUUGUGUUCUGAUUUGAAUAAAUGUAAAAUGACCUUUGUAUAUCAAUGAACAUACUACAUGAUGGCAUUGUAAGUCACUCAGUUUGAGUCAUUCAUUAUAUAGUAUCUUGAUGCACACAGAUGGCUUUGUCCUACUGUUUAAUUUCUGCAACACAACAAACUAAAUUGUAACAUAUUCAUACAGAACUCACACCUAUGUAAUGUGAUUCAGAUGCUGUUGUUUGACACUUUCAGAAUUUAACUAUUCAUGUACUGAAAUAGUUGAAUUGUAGUGCUGUUUUACUUAAUUAUCGUAUCUUCUUUUAAAAAUACUGUUAUUACAGACUAAAAGUUACCAUAGUAAAAUAACACUAAACUUAUAAAAUUCUGGAGUAUAUGAAUGGUAAGCAUUUGUGUACUGAUAAAGGAAAAGGACCAUGUAGUGCAUUGAAGCCUUAUUUACUGGGAUUCCUAAAUUAUUUACCACUUGAAUAUUGGUGUUUAUAUUGUGUAUUUAACAUUAAUAACAUUGAAUGAGCAUUUUAAACAAGCACCAUUUUAUUGUAAGAUAACAAGUAAACCAUGUGUUUGGCAGUUCUGUUAGUUGUUGCUUCUGUCUAUGAAGCUAGGCUUUCACAUGUGGCACUGUCAUGUAUAGCUUUCAUAUUAUUUAGGCACAGGACUGUGACAAAGCUUACAAAAACAUCAGAUUAGAGGUUCCAAUCAAUUGUAUCCUUUUUAAUGCCCCACAAUAGUAAUUUCCACCAUGUUGCUGGAUAAAAUGGCACAAACUUCAGAGCUUGGGUAAUAAUGGGGGUAGAUACCCUGAAACCAAACCACAAACUUAAUUACAACCCUGAUGCACAUUAUUUGUUUAUUCCUGAUUUGAGAACUAAGGUUGCUGGCUAGGUAUGAUUACAUUCCCAACUAUAUAAAGAUAUAAAUGUUAAAUGUUUUGCAGACUAUUAUUCCUAAUCUGUGCAGGGAAUUUAGAAAGUUCCACAUUUUAGAAGUUGCACCCUCAUUGCUAUAAUGUCAUUAGUGUGGUAAUGUUUCUGAUUUUUCAGUUUAACCAUAACAGCUUUACAAGUUUCUUAAUUUUUACAAGAGCUACUAUAGAUUACAAUAUUUUCUAUUUUCCGGAGUCUCUCAAGAGCUGCAGUAUCCUUUUUAAUGUGUCUCUAAAGGCCGACGAGUAUUAAAAUGAUAGUUAUCCAAUGACAGAUCUCGCAGUCACCUUUUUAAAUUCAGUUCAUAUAAUUGAGUUUUGCUGCUUAGAAUUUUGUUGGAUGCUGAAGACAGUAAAAUUUAUGAACUUUUUAUUCAUUGCUUUUACUGCAAGCUUGAAAAGAAUGAGGUUACAUACCUUACACAAAAUUGAUUUAGAACCAAGAAGUCGGUCAGUCUGGCAUUUAUAAACUAUAUUUACAUAUUUGUCAUGCUUAGAAGGAGGCUAACAAUAAAUAAGGGAAUUAAUGCAAUCAAAUUUUAUAUGGGAUGUCUAACCACCCAACCCCCCACCCCAAAAAAAAUACACUGCAUUAAGGUUUAAGUCAAUUUUCUUUUUCACUGAUGUGGAUAAUUUUAAAUUGACUCUAUGAAGGACAACAAAAGGUAUAUUUCAGUUGUAGCAUUGUAGAAGGGCAGAGGAUUUGUGGAGAAAUCAAUUUUACUUCAAGCUAUUCAAACCACUAGGUUGUUAGCAUGUCUUUGAUUGUACAGCAUUCCCAGUCCUGUGAUGCACUGAGUGACUUAAGAAUGUAUUGAUAUGUAAAUGAAAUGAAAUGGAAAGUCAACCAUCAAAAUUAUAUUGGGCACAGAGUAUGUACAAAUUGAUUAAAUUCAGAUCUAUAGGA